CCGGUAGUAGCGCUCGCGCCGCGCGUUUUCCAUCGGUUGCUCCUCGUCGCAUUUGAGUGUGUUGGCUUCCCGCGAGUCAUACAGGUGCGGGCGAGGAGAGAAGCGAUCACGCUCUCGAUCGCGAAGGACGUAAACGACGCGUCGAUUACAGCAGUGAAUGAUUCGCGUGGACACGUUUGUAGGAAGAAGCGAGUCGUACUCAAGGUUGGUGGAGGGACUGUCUUUGGAACAGUCUUGUCCGGUCGUGCGUGUAGCGGCUCGUGCUCGCCGAAAUGAAAAUGGCGGGCCGUGUGCUUGGCUUUAUAAGCGGAGGCAGUGGCCGCCGUCGACGAUGCUAAUCACCGUAACGGACACGCGAGUAGCCAAUUGUCGACCUCUGUUGUACGUGGGUGCAUCGAAAUUUUCCCGCCUUCGGUGUGUUGCCGCGUGUGCUGUUGCUUGGUUAUUGUACGCCGAUCCGUUAUUUUUGGGAGUAUCGUAAAACGGAGCGACUGGAGGAAAACGACAUCUGAGGUGUUGUGAAUAAUAGCCGAUCCUAAGCGCGGACGAUAUUCGGACCCGUAAGAGAGACAAGGUAGCGACCGUGCGAACCGUGCGGGCGGGAGGGGGGAAAGGGAAAAAGACAAAGACAGAGAGAGGGAGAAACAGAGAAGGACGGAGAUAGGGCAAUAGAAAGAGCGAAAACCCCGAGGGACAGGGACAGACGGACAGAGGACGCAGGGGCGGCAAGGUAGAGACGAGAGCGAAAAUUUAGUAGCGGAUCGACAAUGAGCAAACAAAUACGAUGGAGUGACUGCGCCGCGAGGUGUUGACCAGUUUGACGAGGACUGCGAGAGUGUGUCGAGAAGACUGCCGAGAAGGAUCGUGUGCCGCGAUCGACGGCGACCGCGAAAGAUUGUGACACGUUGUGGAGGACGAGAAGCCUUGAUGCCGAUGCCGGCCGAAUACCACGAGGGCCACGGUAACCACGAGAACGCCAAUUUCGCUCUCGGGUCCACGCAGGACGCCAGCAACAUGACGGCCAACAUGUACCGGGUGGGAGAUUACGUAUAUUUCGAGACUUCCACCUCUUCGCCGUAUCAGAUCAGGAGGAUAGAGGAAUUAAAUAAGACCGCAAGCGGGAAUGUGGAAGCAAAAGUCAUGUGCUUCUUCAGGCGGAGGGAUUUACCCACUACCUUAGUACAGCUCGCCGACAAGCAUCAAUUGGCAAGCGCGGAGCAGCAGAGGUCAGAAUCCCCUGCGAGUACGCAGAAUCAGAAACUCGAGAAUCCCGACACUACUAAGGAAAUGAGUAAAGAUGGGAUCGGGCCCAAAGUGAUGAUCAAAGGGGGCGGGAAAGGGGGUUGGCUGAAGGCCCCAUUAUCGGAGGCCCAAGAGCCCCACGGGAUGGAUGAAAGCGUUCCGGGAGGAGUAACCGAAUUAAGUUCUAAGCAACGUCACCAAAUGAAACACAGAGAACUGUUCUUGUCGCGACAAGUGGAAACUAUGCCUGCUACGCAUAUUAGGGGUAAAUGCUGCGUGACGUUACUGAACGAAACCGAAUCCUUGCUGAGCUACCUAAAUAAGGAGGAUUCAUUUUUUUACUGCUUAGUAUUUGACCCAACUCAGCGUACUUUACUCGCUGACAAAGGUGAAAUUAGAGUAGGUAGUAGAUAUCAGGCAACGGAUAUACCGGCGGUAUUGUCGACCGCAGAGAGGGAGGCGGAUCCUCGCAGGUUACAAGAUCUGGAAACCCUGGUGUGGACUCCGAGACACAAUCUGACGGAUCGUCAGAUUGAUCAAUUCCUCGUUGUUAGCAGAUCAGUAGGUACCUUUGCGAGAGCCCUAGACUGUUCGUCCUCCAUCAAGCAGCCCUCUUUGCACAUGUCCGCGGCUGCUGCAUCCAGAGACAUCACCCUGUUCCAUGCGAUGGACACUUUGCAUCUACACUCCUAUGACUUAGCAAACGCCCUGGCGUCUCUAGUACCUAGCACCGGUCCCGUGCUAUGCCGAGACGAAAUGGAAGAAUGGAGCGCAUCCGAAGCGAAUCUAUUCGAAGAGGCGCUCGAAAAGUACGGGAAGGACUUUGCCGAUAUACGAGCGGACUUUUUACCGUGGAAAACGCUGAAGAAUGUGAUCGAGUAUUAUUACAUGUGGAAAACGACGGAUCGGUAUGUUCAGCAGAAAAGAGUGAAGGCCGUGGAGGCGGAGAGUAAGCUGAAGCAAGUUUACAUACCAAAUUAUAACAAAAACCCUCCCUCGACCACUGCCCCUUCUACGGCCACAAUUGUACCUCUGGGCAAUAGUAACAGCAAUAGUAAUGGAAAGCCGACUAGCGUUUUAAAUGGUAAUAGUAACGGUAGCAUGGCGGGUGACAAUUCCGGAAUACUUAUGGUCGGUGUUGGUGGCAAACCGUGUGAGGGUUGUCAGGUUGUACAAAGCUCACAAUGGUAUGCGUGGGGACCGUCACAAAUGCAAUUCCGUCUGUGUCAGUCCUGUUGGACAUAUUGGAAGAAAUACGGAGGACUGAAGGUGCCGCGUCCGGAUGAUAUCGACCUCGAAAGAAAACGUGCCGGUGCGGGAUCGGACGAGGAAAGUAAGGGAAUCAGCGGUGCACACAGGCCGCAUCGGUGCAGCAUUCCUACCUGCGGGAAGGAAUUCAAACUGAAAGCUCAUCUAAGCCGUCACUAUGCAAGCGCGCAUGGUGUCGAUUUGCGUGGUGCCGCUGGAAGUGGCGGUGGAGGCGGUGGAUCACCACGACCAGUUAUGAAGACCCGAUCCGCGUUCUAUCUGCGCACUUCUUUGCUGGCGCGUUCCGCGCGACGAUUGUGCGCUGCGCAGUUGCGUACGCGUCAUGCUGCGCGGGCACCACAUCAGCCGGUGAAUGCCACGCCAUUGCGACACCUAUGUGCCCAGCUGGCAUCUAAGACUCCUGCGGAACUGCGUAUUUUAGCGCGUGCCGUAAGGCCACGACCACGUCCGCGAGUAGCCGACAUCGCUUCACGCCUGGGCGAUCAUCCUGCACCGCGGCAGCCUGGCGACUGGGAUUGGCUUACGCUGACCGCCCCAGCGCAACGCAAACAACCUGACAGAGUUUCGUUUCCACGUCCGCCGAAGGCACCUGAUGGCAGUCUUCUUUAUGAAAGGGUACCGAAUAAACCUGAAGUGGACAGACUCCCGUUGACGCCACCACAGCCACAACCCGUCAUGCCAACCCAGCAAAAUAUCCUGAAACGCACAAGACCAUUUGAUGAAAUCAAUGGUUCAGAUGGAAUCGCCCUGAGUUCAGGACUUCCUUCAGGUCCACCUCCCGCGAAGAGGAGUCAUCACCCGCAGCAACUGCACCCGAAGCAUACGCUGGAGCAUCCCGCGCCCGCUGUUCUUCCUCUUGCGCCACCUCUCAAUGGCAGAGCCACUCAUCCACAUACACUGCCUCACGGGCCGCCCUUGUCUAGAAGUAAUGCGCGUAAACAAGUUAUCUCGUGGAUGGAUGCACCUGAUGACGUCUACUUCCGCGCCACCGAACAGAUCAAAAGAGUCAGAAGAACUCUGGCUUUAGUGGAACUGCGAAGAGCGGCGCGCAAACCGUGGCGUAGAUUGUCGAUCCCUUUGCAUCCGCCUUAUCUUCAAAGAACGGUGCGCAGCGAUCGCAGUGAUCGCAGCGAUGAUACAGUUGUCAUUUUGGACUGAAUCCGUAAUACAGUCGGAUGAAUUGAUAUUACAUGUUGGUUUGCUGCACGCGAGAAAACGCUGUUAUCGUAAUCUUUAACGAGUGAAGCUAUCCAAAAUGAGGAUCACAGUUUUGUGUAUUAUCAUCGGCAGCUCCGACCGAUCGAGCAAGGAUCACUAGAACAAGAUCCCAACGUGACGCUCCGUGACGGUAUUUUUUUCUUUUUUCGAGCAAGUUGCCGUAAUCGAAAAAAGAGGCCUCGCUUGACCGAACAUGCAUGUUAAUAACAGCAACAACGGAAGACAUCGUCAAAUUGUAACUAUUACUUAAUAGAGUAGCAGUUUGACAAUGUUUUCAGUUGUACUUACUGGAGAAUUAAUGUUCAGUGAACUAAGUCAUUCAACGUGAAACAUGAUUUUCUAUUCGUAUUAAUUAAUUAUUGUUGUUAUUAAUAAUUAUUAUUAAUAAUUAAAUGUACAUAUACAUCCUACUAUACACAUUCAUACCACACAUAGCCAGACAACAUGACACACAGGACACACCCAGGUGCCGAUAGGCGUUCGGUACGAAUGUAACGGUGGAAAAAAAUUGGCCCAUAAGCUCACGAAUGUCUGUAUUGAGAAAAUACAACGAUUGCGUAAUCAUUGACUAUUAAGAAGAACGAGUGUAUAUUUCUAGAUGUACACUAAUACAUUAACUGCAUUUUUCGAUAACCAUCACUUACAAUUGUUGUAAUUUCUAAAUGCGACCAAUGUUAGGGCCACGCAAGCAACAGAUACGAAUGUAUGAGCAGAAGUGAAUGCAUGAGAGAAAGAUAGAGUGAGAGAACGAGAGAGUGAGAGAGAA